AUGCCUGGUCAAGACCGAUUGUCGCAAGACGAAGAGAGCCGGAGCGGGCCUCUCUUCACAGAGGUAUCGAAAGAGUCCGCGGCAUUCGAUGACAUCACGGCGCCUACUCAAGUACUCUCAAGCCUGCAUCUCCCAAGCACCAAGAUCAUCGGAGAUGCAUCCUCUGCAUCUAAAUAUCCCGGUCGGCGUGCGCAUAACGUGGAUCCUCAAAAUGCCUACCAAGGAUCCGGGACAGAUGCUGACCCAUUUCUCGUUGAAUUUCGCCAAAACGAUCCCGACAAUGCAAGGAACUUCUCUCCAGCCAAGAAAUGGUACACCGUCUUCGUGGUCACUAUGUCCGUCUUUGCGGUGACCAUGACAUCCUCUGCAUACUCUGGCUCCGCCGUCGAGGUGAAAGCGGAAUUCAACUGCAGCCAGGAAGUUUACGCUCUCGGUCUUGCGCUCUUCGUGCUGGGUUUUGCAGUUGGACCGCCGCUCUGGGCACCACUGUCUGAAUUAUACGGUCGAACGAUAUGGUACAAGAUUACACAUGCCGUCAUGGUGGCAUUCGUCGCCGGAUGCGCAGGGGCGAAAUCCAUAGGCUCACUGCUGGUGUUUAGAUUCUUCGCAGGCGCUUUUGGAGCGUCCCCACUCUCGAACUCAGGAGGAUUCAUUGCAGAUAUGUUUGGCCCUCAUGAGCGAGGUGUUGCGAUGUCCAUGUUCUCCGCGGCGCCGUUUCUUGGACCGCUCCUCGGUCCAAUGGUGGGAGGCUUUAUCAGCGAAACGAUAGGCUGGAGAUGGGUACAAGGUGUGAUGGCCAUAUAUAUCGGAAUUGUUUGGAUCGUUGGAUCCUUCACAUUAUCAGAGACGUACGGCCCGGUCAUCCUUCAACGGAAAGCAAAGCGAUUGUCGAAAGAGACUGGAAUGAAACACAUCAGCAUCCUCGUCAAAGACAAGGGAUCGGCUGCUGUCACUAACGUCUUUACCAAGGCAUUACGGCGUCCUUGGGUCCUCUUAUUCCGUGAGCCGAUCGUAUUGGUUGGAUCGACAUAUCUAGCAAUACUCUACGGCACACUAUACAUGUUUAUGGGCGCCUUUCCGAUCAUAUAUCAGCGCCUCCGAGGCUGGGACGAAGGCAUCGGCGGACUAGCUUUCCUGGGCGUCGCUAUUGGCUGCUUGAUUGCUCUUGUGUACAUCUUUAGGGAUAACACUCGAUACAAAGCACAUGGAAGUAAGGCGACCCCCGAGACUCGCCUACCUCCAGCGAUCCUAGGAGGCGUUAUCCUCCCCAUCAGCAUGUUCGCUUUCGCCUGGACGAGCUUCCCCAGCAUCCACUGGUCCGCAAGUAUUAUCCUUUCUUCCGGAUUUGGAUUCGGCAUGGUCCUCAUCUUCAUCUCCAUACUGAACUACCUUGUCGAUUCGUACACCAUCUAUGCCUCAUCGGUCAUGGCUGCUACCGCAAUGUUCAGGGCAUUCUUUGGGGCGGCUUUUCCUCUCUUCACUUCUCAGAUGUAUAAUAAGCUUGGGAUCCACUGGGCAAGCUCGAUCCCGGCAUUCUUGACGUUGGUCUGCAUGCCAUUUCCCCUCUUGAUGUAUAAAUAUGGCGAGACUGUUCGGCUGAAAUGUAAAUAUUCGAAGGAGGCUGCUCUUCUCCUAGCAAAAAUGGAGAGAGCCGACGAGAAGAGGGAUGGGGAAGAUGGUAGUUCAGAACAAGAGGUAUAG